CGAGUCCACCACCACCAGCUGGUCCUUCCCCCCUCCUAAUAAUUUCACCAAGGACAAUGUUCCUCCAGCGCACAGCUGUCGCCCUUGCCCGGCGCGCCCCGGCUAGAGCCAUCGCCGCCCGCCCUUUCUCGUCCUCCAUCGUCCGCAACAACAAGAAAUGGGAGGCCUCGCCUGAGGGCAAAAUCCUCUCUUUCGAGGAGAUCAAGAAUGAGAAGGACCUUCUUCCCCCGGGUGGUAAGCCCGGUACCAUCCCUAGCGACCUCGAGCAGGCCACCGGUCUCGAGCGUCUCGAACUCAUCGGAAAGAUGCAGGGCAUCGAUAUCUUCGACAUGAGACCCCUUGAUGCUUCCAGGAAGGGAACGAUUGAGAACCCCAUCAUUGUCAACGGUGCCGGUGAUGAACAGUACGCCGGUUGCACUGGCUACCCCGCAGAUUCCCACCAGGUUAACUGGCUGACUGUCUCUCGUGACCGCCCCAUUGAGCGCUGCGGCGAGUGCGGCAACGUUGUCAAGCUGAACUACAUCGGCCCCGAGGAGGACCCCCAUGCACACGACCACGGUCACGGCCACGGCCACCCCGCUCACGAGGAGCCCAAGACCUUUGCCGACUUCGUCAAGCCCGAGUACUGGUACCGGUAAAUACUCGAGGUGAACCCCAAGAAGCACGCAGCUGUUCUCCUCCUCAAAUGGUUACGCUUUCCAAGCAGACAAGGCGACAGAAGACGGUCCAGUGCACCCGCCAAGAAGGAGUAGAUGGGAGGAGAGAGCUCAUCUUCCUCCCCCCCGUCUUUGCUUCCUUCUUCUACUACUCAUUUACAACCUGACCUCUUUCCUGAACCCUUUUCCUGUAUUGCCUCGGUAUAUUUUUGUGUUAGCAGCUGUAUUUGUUUUGCCCCCCACCCCCCGAUACUCGCUAAAGUCCCUGUCUCCUUUGUAGAAU